AUGAUUGGUUUUCAUCACCCCAGGGAUCCUUAUUUCCAUAAUCAGGGGAAUAACGGAUGGUUGGAAGAAUCCGAAGAGGAACCUGAAGAGGACCCCGAGGAGGAGUCUGAAGAGGAACCCGAGGAAGACCCCGAGGGGGAAUACGAAGGGGAACCUGAGGCAGAAGUCGAGGGUGAACCUGUUGAGCCAGCUGUGGACCAGGAAGAAGAGGAAGUCGAAGGAGGUCUCAAGGAGGAACCUAGUGAUGACGAAGAUGGUGAUUCGGACGCGGAGUCCGAAGUGGUCUUGAAAGGGUGGAACAAAGGCAUGAAAGAAAAUGAUAACAACUCUAAACAAGUUUUGGUCAAAGCUAUUGAUGACAUUGAUGAGAAAAUUGAUGGUGGGGUGACAUCAAGUGAUUAA